AUGGAGGUAAUCGAGGAGAAGGGGGCCAUGCGGCAGUGGUCGCGCAGGCAGCACCGCGAGGGGCGCACGGUGGCACUGGUACCGACCAUGGGGUAUCUGCACGAGGGCCACCUGUCGCUCGUGCGCCUCGCCACCACGCUCGCAGAUGUGGUGGCUGUGUCCAUCUAUGUCAACCCCUCGCAGUUCGCCCCUCAUGAGGAUCUCCUCUCCUACCCACGCGACCUCCCCCGCGAUCUUGCGCUGCUCAAGGUACGGCUGGAGGCUUGCCCCCGAAUCCCAUUCUCCCUCCCCAACGUGCUUGCUGGGCCUCAAGGCACGCCCCUCCUCAAGGCACGCCACUCCUCAAGGCACGCCACUCCCCCGAACUCCAUGCUCCCUCCUAUUUACUGCCGCCCCCAUCCGGUGCAACUGGAGGCGUGCUGGGCGAGUCGUGAGUUUCCAGUUCCUGAUCUCCCAGUGGAAGCAGUGUUUACCCCUGCAGACCUCUACCUACGCCCUCUCUACGCGCCCCCCGACCAGCGCCACGCUGUCGCAGAGCCCCCUGCAGCAGCAGCGGCCUCCCCUGGCGGCACUGCAGAGAGCGCAGCAGUGGCGAGCGGAGCGGCGAGCGGAGCGGUGGUGGCGGGGCACGAGACGUGGGUGACGGUGGAGCGGCUGCAACGGCCGCUGUGUGGGGGUGGGCGGCCGGUGUUCUUCCGGGGGGUGGCGACGGUGGUGGUGAAGCUGCUGCACAUCAUUGAGCCCGAUGUGGCCGUGUUCGGGAAGAAGGACUACCAGCAGUGGCGCCUCAUCCAGCGCAUGGUGCGCGACAUGAACAUGGCAUCAUUCCAUCCGCACCCCUUGCCAUCAUUCCCCUCGUACCCUCCUGAUUGCUGUGGUGAUCUGGUCCCCCAGGUGCGCGAUCUGGACAUGGCCGUGCAGGUGGUGGGCGCGCCGCUGCUGCGCGAAGCGGAUGGGCUGGCCAUGAGCAGCCGCAACGUGCGCCUCACCCCCCAGCACAGGCAGCAGGUGAGGCACGACCUACUAUCAUAA